GUAAAAAAGCCUCGUGUGUCUCGUGUAUUUACUGUGGAAACAGACUCCUAUUGAACUCAUUCGCGGCUAAAGUAAACUUUAUCAUUUUCCCUUGACAAUCUUUGGUGCAAAAGUAGUGCAAUUAAUUUUUCACACCCCUUUUAAAAAUUUCGAAUUCAAUUUUUAUUAAUUCAACUUUUCUCAUCUAAUCAUGGCUGUUCGAGUACAAUUUGAAAAUAAUAAUGAAGUUGGAGUCUUUUCUAAACUAACAAAUACCUACUGUUUGGUUGCAAUCGGUGGUUCCGAGAACUUUUACAGUGUUUUUGAAGCAGAACUUGCGGAAACAAUACCAGUUGUUCAUGCCUCAAUUGCAGGAUGUAGAAUUAUUGGAAGACUUUGCGUUGGUAAUAAAAAUGGACUUUUGGUUCCUAACACAACAACAGACGUUGAGCUGCAGCACAUUCGAAAUUCACUUCCCGAUACUGUAAAAAUACAGCGGGUAGAGGAAAGGCUUUCGGCUCUUGGAAAUGUAAUUGCUUGUAAUGACCAUGUCGCUUUGGUGCAUCCCGAUCUCGACAGAGAAACUGAAGAAAUUUUAGAAGACACGCUUAAUGUUGAAGUAUUCAGACAAACAGUGGCCAGUAAUGUUUUAGUAGGUUCCUAUUCUGUCCUCUCGAAUCAAGGGGGCUUAGUACAUCCAAAGACGUCAAUUCAAGAUCAAGAUGAACUAUCGUCUCUCUUACAAGUACCACUUGCUGCUGGCACAGUAAAUAGAGGUAGCGAUGUACUCGCAGCAGGAAUGGUGGUAAAUGAUUGGAUUUCUUUCUGUGGAAUGGACACGACUGCGCCAGAAAUCUCAGUUAUUGAGAGUGUCUUCAAACUGAAUGAAACACAACCCACUGCCAUUACUUCAACCAUGCGUGCAUCGCUCAUAGAAAGUAUGUCGUGAAGAGAAGAUCUAAAAACCGAAUUCUCCGCUAAAAUUGAAUGCACUAUAUCUGUACAAGACGAUAAUAAUAUCAACAAUCGUAAUCGAAAUUAAAGAGACAUAAUUUAAAAAUAACAAAAAAACUUCAAAUUCUAAGUAUUUUCUUUGCACUUAAGCCUAUUCGUUUUCUAUAUGAUAUAAAAAUAGAUGUGAAAUGGUAUAGAAUAAUAAAAUCGAUAUAUUCUUUCUUUGUAAGAAAAA